AUGGAUUACCAACAUUCUCCAGUUUCAAAGAAAUAUGAAAGACAGAAAAUGAAAAAGGGAGGACGGGCAACCACAGCCUUGCUUUUUUGGAUGUCAUUUCCAUAUCUGUUCAAAUACAAUUUGUACAACUCGCCUGAUACUAUUGACAAGUAUUGCUCUGAUGGGCAUUUAAAUGUAAAUAUAAAUGAUAUGCGAUUAUCAUGUCACUCUUCUGAAAAGUAUUGCUCUGAUGGACAUUUAAAUGUAAAUAUAAAUGAUAUGCGAUUAUCAUGUCACUCUUCUGAAAGUUAUGAAUCGAGAAAACCCAGGGUCAUUUUAAAGUAUAAGUUAAAACAGUUCCCAUAUUUCCAAUUCCCCCUAUUUUCGAUCUCUCGGCCAAUUUUCCCUUUUUUUUUUUUUUCAAAAGACGUUGUUCUUUUUUUUCUGUCUGUCAGCUUAGCUAUCUGUACCUUCUUGUUGAGCUUCUCUGUCUCUCUCUUUUUCAAAACAGCCCCAAAUGAUAACCUCUCUAAAUCCCUAAUAAAUCCCACAUUCAAGCACUCCUCCUAUAUUAAUUUCCUCUGCUCUCUAUCUGUCUUUCUUUCUUUCAAUGGCAACUUCAGCUUUGUCAACCACCAAGAGAACUUCCCUCUCCGACUCAUCCGAGACUCUUCUUCCUCCAACGGCACCUCCGUCCACCGCCGCGCCAGGAGUCUCAGUAGAUUCUCCCACCGUCUUCCCAGAGCUGCCGAAUACGAUGAUGAGGCUACUCCUGCUCCUCCCCUCACCAGAGAGAGGUUCGUCAAUACCGUCAAGGGAUCGGGGUUCCCGGAGAUUAGCCUCGACGAUCUCGCCAUCCAGCUCUUUAACUCCUCCCUCAGAGGACGUUCGGCUUUGCGGUAUGUUGACCUCAGCCCCCGUGAUGGCGAAGGAGAGAGUGUGACUCAGAGAAGAGGACGGUCCAUUUCCAGGCAAGGAUCCUGGGAUAGUUUUGUAAAUAGUGGUGCUGGAGGAAGGUUAACUUCGGAUAUUGCUAACUCCAGAAGGAGAAGAUCGGUCUCGGCUGUUAGGUAUCAAAUUAAUGAUUCUGAGAGUGAUCUAGAUCAUUCACAGAACUCAAGGAACGUUGCUAGUAUGAGUUCCAUUGGUGGAAACAAUCAGGUAUCCUCAACUCAUAAACCAACAGCUUCAAAUAAUAGACAAGGACUGAGAAGGUCUCUCAGCCAAAAAGACUUAAAGUACCAUGAUGGCUGCUCUAGCCAUUCUUCUGCUUUUACUGAUGAUGAAGGGAGAGAUGCUCUUUCCAAAAAAAAUGGGAUGGAGAGGACAAUACAAGCAGUUUAUGAGCAGAAAAAGGGAGAGCAUCCCACUGGGGAUGAUGUGAAUGGUGGGUUGUAUGCUGCAAUGUGAAAAGAGCUUAGACAUGCUGUGGAGGAGAUCAAGACACAACUUGAACAAGCAAUGGUGAAAACAAAGAAGUCAGGCAUAGCGAGCAAAGAUGGUUUGCUAUCUGACAAUUCUGAUGUUCUUCAGGCUGUUUCUACAAAUAGAAGGAAGUACACAACAAAAUUGGAAAAGUCAGAGAAGUGUAGACAAGAUUUAUUAACUGAGAUUCUGUUGGAGGAGCAGCAAUGCAGAGAGCUCUCUAAAAUUGUCAAAGAAUUGCUUCCUAAACCAAAGAACGCUACUGUUGAGAAACCAUUGCAAGCCACAAAGUUGUUUACCAGAGGAGCAAUGACAGAAAUAGGAUGUCCAGGCAAUUGACUGAGGAGGCUGAAAAAUAUAUUGAAGAUUUCAUUACAAAUGUUGAAGAUACAGAUAUUUCAUCAUUAGAUGGAGACAGGAGUGAUACUAGUCCAAGUGUAGGGGGAAAAACAAAGACACCGAACUGCCAGAGUGCAGCAGUAUUUAGAUCUGCCCCUAUUGAAAUAGAUGGUGUAAUGCUACCUUGGUUACACUGGGAGACUUCUAAUGACGCUUCUCCAUUAUCACGCAAGAAUAAAUGCAAUCUUUCUCAGGUUUCAUGCGCAGCUAAGGCAAAACAACUGUAAAUUGGGUUAAGCUUUAUUUAAAGCCUAAGUGUCGAAUGUUAAGCCCAGGGGGCCAUAAUAGGCAAUUCCUAAACAGAA